GUACCAGCGAUGGUAGUGAACUUCCAGGAUACUCCAAUAGACUGGGCUUAUCAGACUGAAUCAGAACCAGUAGCCUGUUUAGGUUAUCCUGAUGAAAAAUGUUCCUGGCCGAGAGGCAAAGUUCUAGGAGGUACAAGUGUGCUGAAUGGAAUGAUGUACAUGAGAGGUCAACCAAAAGACUACGACAACUGGAAAGAAGCUGGUAAUGAAGGGUGGGGUUACAACGAUGUCUUUCCUUAUUUUUUGAAGUCGGAGGAUAAUCUUGAAAUUGGUACGCUCGUUGAUCGGCGAUAUCAUGCUAGAGGAGGCUAUAUGACAGUUAGCAGGUUUCCAAAUCAACCGGAAAUUGCAAACGACAUACUAGCUGCAGCAUGGGAGCUAGGUUAUCCAAUCAGUAACGACCUCACUGGGGAACAGUACAGCGGAUUUGCCAUUGCUCAAGCAUGCGUGAGGAACGGAGGAAGACUGAGCAGCGCUCGAGCAUUCCUCAGACCGAAUAACGUCAGGCGUCGUCCAAAUUUGCACAUCCUGCUAAAUGCCACAGCUACGAGGCUACAAUUUAACAAUUACAACAACAAGAAGUCCGUUAAGGGGGUCGAAGUGCUUGUAAACAAUCGAAAAUCAUACACAAUCCGCGUCCGAAAAGAAAUCGUUUUAUCUGCAGGAGCUAUAAAUUCACCACAGAUUCUUCUUCUUUCUGGUGUUGGACCGAAGAAAGUAUUGAACGAUGCCGGAAUACAACAAGUACACGAACUACCAGGGGUGGGUGCCAAUCUCCAAAAUCAUGUCGCUUUUUAUAUGGUGUUCAAUCUGCUUAAGCAGAAUAACACUUUUGAUUUGAACUGGCCUGCGCUUCUGGAUUAUGUAAUAUACAAGCGUGGUCCUCUUGCUUCGACAGGUAUGUCCCAAAUAACUGCCAGGAUCAAUUCAAGACAUGCCGAUGCCAGUGGAACAUACCCGGACUUGCAGUUAUUUUUCGGUGGAUACAGUGCGAACUGUGCUAAUACAGGAGAAGUAAAUGCACUGAGAAACGCUAGCAAUCCUGUAGAACCAAGACAAAUCUAUAUUUCCCCAGUAGCUCUUCACACUAAGAGUAGAGGAUACAUAGCUCUUAAUUCAUCAAACCCAUUAGACCCACCGUUGAUGUUCGCCAAUUAUUUAACUGCACCUGAAGAUAUGGCUGUGAUGAUAGACGGCGUCCGGGUAUGUCAAGCUCUUGCCAACACUAAUGUCCUAAAGGAAAAAUAUGGAAUCGAAAUGGCCGACAUUCCUUAUGGAGAUUGCGCAGAUCGGUACAUAUAUAAUUCCGAUGAAUAUUGGGAUUGUGCAAUUCGACAUUCCACCGGACCAGAAAACCAUCAAUCUGGUACCUGUAAAAUGGGACCAACUACCGACCCGAUGGCUGUAAUCAAUCCCAAACUACAAGUAUACGGAAUUGAUGGUUUAAGAGUGAUGGAUGCGUCUGUGAUGCCCACUCUUGUUUCCGGCAAUACGCAUGCAACAAUAGUUAUGAUUGCGGAAAAAGGUUCCGAUAUGAUAAAGCAAAGGUGGCUUGGAAACAAUUAUUCCAAAGAUAAAACUAAGUCUCAAUAUCAGAAAUCUGUUAGCAACUUUAUCAGCAAACCUCCAUACCGUAACAACUGGCGUGGGGGAUACUUAAAGCAAUAAUUCCUGUUUUAGUUUCAUAAGGUAUUUAAAUGUAAAUAGGUGAACCUGGAAAGUUUUCACACAAAUAUAAUAAUUUUUCUGUA